AUGUCUGAUAUACUUAUUGAUAUCUUCCCUUUAGAUGUCAUAGACAAUGUUCUUCUCUUCUUAUCCAAGAAAGCAUUGAAAACUUUCUUCCAGGGAUUAACCGAACAUUCGAUACUUCGGGAACUUGUACUCUCCAGAAUCUACGAAGUAUUCGAGGUCUAUAAGUUAGAUCAACUAGUUGAAGCCGCAAGUCUUCAUGCUCCGGUAGGAAUGAUGGGUUUGCAGGCUCGUGACGAUUAUCUUACAUUUUUCAUAGAGAACCCAACCUUUGUUUCGAAUAUUUCAGACGUUUAUCUAUUGCUUGGGUGUUUUCAUGAUUACAAGAAAUGGAGAGAGAUACCGUUUCGGAGUAUUUCAUGUCUCGUUCUCAAGCUAUGUGAAUGUUUUAAUCCAUCUGAUGUUCCACACAACUUGAAACUGAUAGUACUCUACGCUUAUCAAUCGAAUCAAAUGGAAUUGAAAGGAUGGCCGCCUUCGUUGACUUGCAUGACUGUCGAAAAUCACACAAACUUGAAACUUAUAGACCUACCAAGGAACCUUAAAGAGCUCUCUUGCCUGGGUCUGGGCGGGUUAUGGGACCUGCUUCCUCCAAAACUCGAAACAUUUAGACUUCUGAACAUAAAACCUUUCGCUUCAAAUCAACUUCUCCUUCCUGAAUCGCUCCAGGAGUUGCUGAUUAGUCGCUGUCCUGCUUCUGACACGGAGGAACUAAUGUCGAGAUUACCAAACAGGUUGAAAAGGUUGAACUUUCACCUUUGCAAACCAGUUUCUUUGCAUCUUUAUUCUUUUCCAGAGUCACUAGAGGUUUUGCUGAUUCGUUGUUGUUGCGUUACUGAAAUUGAGAUGAUAGUGGCCACCUUGCCUGUGAAGUUGAAAAACUUUCAACUAAAAUAUCGUUUCAGUAGCAAAUUGGCAUCUCUCCAAUUCCCUGACUCUCUCAAAGUUUUAAAUCUUUCGGAAUGUGGAAUUGAGAGUCUUGAAGGUAUUAUAUUCCCAAAGUGUCUUGUUGAACUUGAGUUAGGGUGUAACAAGAUCAACCUGUUGCAAAACUUGAAGUUUCCAGAAUCUCUUAUGGUACUAAAUUUGCGAUGGAACAAGAUUAUGAAGGUAGACUCUUGUGAAUUUCCAGAAUCCCUCACGGUACUAAAUUUAGAUUACAAUGUGAUCACGACGAUUGACUCUUGUGAAUUUCCAGAAUCCCUCACAGUACUAAAUUUAGAGCACAAUAGGAUCACGACGAUAGAUUCCUGUAAAUUUCCAGAAUCCCUUACGGUACUUAAUUUGGAUGAAAACAAGAUAACGAUGUUAGACUGUUGUGAAUUUCCAGAAUCUCUCAGGGUACUAAAUUUAGAAGAAAACAAGGUCAGAUCACUCAAAUGUGACUUCCCCGGUCUUCGAAAAUUGCAUGCGUCGAACAGUUGUUUGACCAGAUUGGAUGGAGUUAAGUUCCCUAAAUUGGAGGUUCUUGAUAUCUCUACGGAAUCCACACCUAGCAUCCGAAGUAUGAGAAAUGUGAAAUUUCCGUCCACUCUUCGGAUCCUCAGGGCCAGUGGUCACUGUGUCAGUGACUUUCGGCAAACCAGUCUUCCUGCCAGCUUGAGAGAAUUGGCAAUAAAAGUCAGGGGGAACCCGCUGAGGUUGUCCUUUCCCCCGAAGCUAAGAGUCCUCGAACUAACAUUUCUCAAGAAAUCUAAAGUUGCUCUUCUCAAUCUUCCUGAGACACUUGAAGAUCUUACAAUAUUAAAUGGGACAUAUACUGAAUUCGACUGGAAGCUCCCUUACUUGAGGAAGUUGGAUUUGGAUUUCAGAGGUCGAGUUAAAAUUCCUCCUUCGGUGAACAAUUUAACCAUAGUACUUCCACAAGACAAGCAAUGGAGGGAGCACUGGAGGAAUAUUGUGCUUACUCACGAAUUGAAGUACCUUUGGAUUAACGAGUACAUUUUUCAAAAAGACUUAGAUGGUGACAUGUUCAAAUUUAUUGAGAGUAUGGUGUCAAUGAAUGAUGAUCACUGA